AGUGUAUGUUUAGGGACUCUUGUUACAGUUACCACGGACUUUUAUUUUGAAACGACGAAGCAGACAGAUCAUGUGCAUUUGUUUGUAAUGGAAGGAAGGUGUAUCUGAAAUAUGAGAGUUUUUACUGUUGUUUAAUACAUUUCCACAUAACUGUUAAUCCUUAGUCUGCAGUUGAAAGGUCAUGCGCUCGGUAAGUUAUGUGCAGCGCGUGAGUUUAGACUUCACAGGAACACUCUUUCCUCAUGCCAUCUGUCUUGGAGAUGCAGACAACGACUCUUUAAAUGAGCUGGUGGUGGGAGACACUAGUGGGAAGCUGUUCAUCUAUAAAAAUGAUGACUGUAAGCCGUGGAUCACGCGAUCAUGUGUUGGCAUGUUAACAUGUGUUGGAGUCGGAGAUGUUUGCAACAAAGGAAGGAACUUUGUUGUGGCAGUGGGUGCGGAGGGCUGGUUUCACCUGUUUGAUAUCAGUGCUGCUGCAGCCAAGUCAGACUCCUCAAGUCAGCAGGACGGUUCGAUUGGUGACGAACAGAAGCCCAGUUACACCCAGCACAUUCCCGCCAAUACCAAAGUGAUGCUCAUCAGUGAUAUCGAUGGAGACGGACGCUGUGAGCUUGUCGUUGGCUACACGGACCGGGUGGUUCGGGCCUUCAGGUGGGAGGAACCUUCUGAUGCUUCAGAUGUGAGCUCUGGUCAGCUGGUCUUACUAAAGAAAUGGCUUCUGGAGGGUCAGGUUGACAGUCUAUCGGUUAACCCAGGUCCAGAAGGUCUCCCUGAGCUCAUGGUGUCUCAGCCUGGCUGUGGCUAUGCUAUUCUGAUGUGCUCUUGGACACAAGAGGGCGCUGCAGGACCUGGGGAUGAAAACACAGCAUCUCCUAGCAAAGAGGGUCCUUCCAGAGACGUUGCACUUCAUCUUACCUCCGGACGCAUCCAUAACAAGAACGUGUCCACUCAUUUGAUUGGAAGCAUUAGCAGAGGUUCUAAGGAUGAUUCGUCUAAAGGUGGCCUGUUUGCUCUUUGCACUUUAGAUGGGACGCUGAAGCUUAUGGACAGCUCUGAGAAGCUCUUGUGGUCUGUGCAGGUGGACCACCAGCUUUUUGCCCUCCAGAAGCUGGAUGUCACUGGUGAUGGGAGAGAGGAAGUGGUGGCCUGUGCCUGGGACGGCCAGACUUAUAUCAUCGAUCAUACCCGUAUGGUGGUCCGAUUCCAGUUUGAUGAAAAUGUAAAUGCAUUCUGUGCGGGCCAGUAUGCCUGUAAGGACGGGAGGAACAGCCCCUGCCUGGUCUAUGUGAGCUUUAACCAUAAGAUCUAUGUGUACUGGAGGGUGGAGCUGGAGAGGAUGGAGCCCACUAACCUGCUGAGUGUGCUGGAAGAGAGACCCGAGUAUCCAGAUCUGCUUCACAGACUGGGAGUGGAUAUCAGUGACACAGUAGCGGUUCGGAAACUCAUUGGAGACGUGCUCUACGAGAACAUACCGAAAGAUGGCACAGAGUGAAUCACGACUCGCAAACACAGCUCUUCAUUUCUGUAAAUAGCCUUUAAUAAAACUACAUCUGGAUAUUUCA